UCCCGCCGAACCGAGAGCGAGCGCAUGAACUAACUAACAGAUGACCCCGCGCUCCUCCGUGUCUCCCGCAGUAGAAUGACGGAGAGUGACGCUGCUGUGUUUCUCGAGCUCUGCGUUAAUCUGAACGGACUUCUGCGCUGAGAUCAGUCUGUGCAACUUCUUCAAAUCUCUCUCUCGGAGUAACACCGCGCUCCUGCUUCCUAGUUGCAUGUGUGGAUGAGAAAGCGCUUCUGCAGACUCGGUCGUUUCUGAAAGAUAUGUCUGAUUGAUAUGCGAAGAAUGAACCCUAAACACUGAGCGGGUGGUUUUUGUCUCUCCGGCGGCGCAGUCCACAAUUAUUGACCGUAGUGCGGACAUUCACACCACUGACAGAAGAUCUCGGACAUCUCAACACUUGCUCCACUGUCUGACAUCAGCCGAGCCACAGAUGCGAAUGAAAGUCGACUAAAGCAAGAGGAAUAUACGUGUCCAAGUGUGCUGUAGUGAUGCUGCAAGUGGAAAUGAUCAUAUUCGUGGGUGUGAUUCUGUGGAUGUGUGUAUUUAGUCAAGAGCCCAGCUCAAAGGUGAUGGCUGAUCGAUACGCUGUCUACUGGAACCGAACCAACCCCAGGUUUCACCGUGGAGACUAUCACAUCGACGUCUGUAUAAACGACUACCUGGAUGUCUACUGUCCACACUACGAGGAAUCGGUCCCUGAGGAGAGAGCGGAGCGCUAUGUGCUCUACAUGGUCAACUACGACGGCUACAGCACGUGUGACCACACGGCCAAAGGCUUCAAGCGCUGGGAGUGCAACCGGCCGCACUCGCCCAACGGCCCGCUCAAGUUCUCUGAGAAGUUCCAGCUCUUCACACCCUUCUCGCUGGGCUUCGAGUUCCGGCCGGGCCGAGAGUAUUACUACAUCUCAUCCAUGAUCACAGAAACCGGGAGAAGGUCGUGUCUCAAGCUGAAAGUCUUUGUGAGACCACCGAAUGGCUGCGAGAAAACCAUAGGCGUUCAUGACCGCGUUUUUGUCGAUGACAAAGUAGACAAUGCAUUAGAACCAAGAGCUCAGUUCCACUUCUAUUCUGAAUUCUGCUCGACUCUCUACAGACUGCAGUCAUUCUAG